CCGCACUUUAAAAGACUGGUGAUUACAACAUCCCUCAUUUAUCAUCAUCUCUCUAUUUCCUUCGUCGUUGCCACAGCUGCAACUUUAUUCGUCCAGUCGUCUCUAUGGCAUCCAUUAUCCUUGCUCGAAAUGCGGAGUUAGCCCCGAGGCAUCCCCGCGAGUGGAAACCGCUCGGCAGCCAUUCCGGGCUCAGUUUAGAGAAGAUAUCGUCAGACGAAGGAGCCCAGCUGCUACAACUAAUAUGCGUGCUGUUUGGCUUCCAUGGACUUUUUUGAGAGCCCACUGAGACAACGUACAACGGUGAUAUUUUUUUAAUUGAUCGAGCUGAUCUUCUAACUUGCCAAAACGUGCGACGUCAGCAGUACAAUGUCGUCCCCUGUGACGUCACGACCUUCUUCAGCGGUGACCCCCAAUGGACACUUCAACAAGAUUUCCGGUGUCCCCUGCUCUGCCACACCCACACGCUACACCGCACCCGUUCACAUCGAUGUGGGCGGAACAAUAUAUACGUCAUCUUUGGAAACUCUGACGAGAUUCUCAGACUCCAAAUUAGCCCGGAUGUUCAACGGCAACGUGCCCAUUGUGCUCGACAGCCUCAAACAGCACUACUUCAUCGACCGCGACGGCAAGAUGUUCCGCUACGUGCUUAACUACCUUCGCUGUCAGCGGGUGAUGCUGCCCGAGCAGUUCUCCGACUUCGAACAGCUGUACGAGGAGGCCAAGUACUACGAGCUGACGGGCAUGAUGCGCGAUAUCGAGACUAUCCGCAAGAACAAGCAGAACACCGCCACGUCCACGUCGUCCAUCCUGAAGACGGCCAGGGAAAUCAAGACCGAGCCCACGUCGUCCGAGUUCUGCGACUGCAUAGCCGUCAGCAUCAGUCCCGAUCUCGGGGAGCGGAUCUCCCUCAGCGCGGAGCGAUCGCUCAUAGAAGAAGUGUUUCCGGAACUGUCUUCUGCUCUCGUGGACACGCGUAAUUCCGGCUGGAACAUGGAGAACCACUUCGUGAUCAGGUUUCCCCUGAACGGCUUCUGUAAGAUGAACUCUGUUCAGGUGAUCCAGAGACUGCUGAACCACAGCUUUCAGAUCAUCGCCUCCACCGGAGGAGGCGUGGAAGGACAGCAGUUCAGUGAAUAUCUCUUUUCCAGGAAUUGCCGAGCGCUUCGCUGAGGAGUUCGUACUGUAACGCUUGGCACAUACCUACCGAUUAACGUCGACUCGACAGUCGUGUCGGCAUUAGUUGGUGGUGUGUGCAGGGAAAAGACGUGACAGUCGCGUCGGUUGGUGUGUAGGCACAUAUUUUCAGACAGUCGAGGCGGCGUAAAUCGGUUGGUGUACACUAAGCAUAAGUCGCAGCACCGACGGAAAUGAAUUUGGUCCCAUGAAACAAUACUGAUUUAUUCUUUAUGGAUUAUUUCGUGUUUUAGAACUGUGAGGAUAUCUGUGAUAAUUAAAACUGUGUGAAAAAAGUGCACAUUUCUGUAUUAUAUGUCAUUGUUUUACCCGCGCAAUUAGGACAGAUUAUGACUUAAACUGUUCGAUUAACGUGUAUGAGUAUAGGGACUACCUGCACUGUGAAUUCAAAAUGAACAAACUACAUUGUUAAGCUAGUGCGCAUUUGUAUAUCUACGAGUUCUGUAUAUGAACUGAAAUGCAACAAAAUGAACAUGUUCGUGGUAUAUAUAUAUACAAAAUGUAUAUACAUGUACACAUGGAAAUUAAUUAUGCACCAUUUGAAUUGUAUUGCGGACAAAAAAGUGUCUAGAAGAAGGCUAAUUGUCCGUACCGACGGAAUUUAAACUUGAUAUUGAGAGUUUUCACAUAUUCUGUAUCUACUGAGUAUUAACCGAGAUGGCCUGAAUAAAUUACUUAUGAGAAGCACAUCAGUGUGAUUCAAACUUCAUAGUUAAUUCCAUACAUUUUCAUAGAUAUUUAGGUUGUCUGCCUUUUUCUCUAGAAUACAUUAAAUUAUUCAUGUAACGACAGUGUCGCUUACUGUCAAUCUUUUUUUAAUAUUCUCAAUAUCCACGGAAAUGUUCACAAUUACUUGCGAAGUAUAAGUCACACGGUCAAAACAUGGUGGUGCUUUAUUAAUGUCCAGGUGUAUAAUGCGUAAUGUCCAGGUGUAUAAUGCGUGUAUAUAAUUAUGCUAACAUUAUGUGAAUUCGAAUAUAUACAUUUCAACCAGACGUUAAAUCUAAAUUGCAUUAGCUAAACCACCGUGCACGAUUAUCUUGGAGAGCAGAUUUCAGAGGCAGUAAACCUGUAUAUGGAU